UCCGCUAGCCGCUCUGUAGCUAACACUAACUCGUUUAAUAUAAGAUGCUUGUCUAAAACUGGAUCCAGUGUGCGUUUCAAUAAAGACGGAACGCUGUCUUUCUCUUUGUUUCUAUCGGACACUUGUGAUGCGUCAGCAACCGCAGAGUAAGGCAGGCGAGCAACAGUGGUUGAAUUUGUAGUUUAGCUGUGUUAGCUUAGCCUCUGGGUUACCAAGGUAACGUUAGCCAACAGUUAGCUGGCUCUUGCGGAGUUGUCGGUGUUUUCUUGUCUAAAAGUAAUUUAUCUUUGAAACACGGCUUUUGUUUGCGGUUGUCUUAUAUGCCGACUUAAAGCAAACAAUGGCCUGAAUUUAACAGCGUGAACUGACCGUAUGUUUUGUUGAACCGAUAAGGAAGAGACAAUAAAUUACCAGAUUUGUGAAGGGAGUUCGUGUUUCGUUCACUCUGCCGUUUUGUCCGCGUGUGGUCGUUGACUGGAAACUACAACAAAAACGCAUUCUGGUGUUUUUAUGUCUCACAAACACUUUACUCCUCAUGUCCCAGACUUUUGCUGCUGACAGUUCUCAUCACGUCAGGAUCUGUUUGUCCAUGUGAACACGAACUGCUGUGAGAGUUUCUUAAAUUCAGUUUAAGUAAAAACGUUUGAUUAAAAAUACUCAGCAAGACUUGAGAUGUGUGGAGACUCAGUUCCCUCAGACCUCUGUCAAGUGUAGCGCACUGACUCAGACAUGGAGCAGUACAGUAUUCUGGGCCGGAUCGGAGAAGGAGCCCACGGCAUCGUCUUCAAGGCCAAACACAUCGAGACAGGAGAGACAGUGGCUCUGAAGAAAGUGGCUCUGAGGAGGCUGGAGGACGGCAUCCCCAACCAGGCUCUGAGGGAGAUCAAGGCCCUGCAGGAGAUCGAGGACAACCAGCAUGUGGUGAAGCUGAAGGACGUCUUCCCUCACGGUACGGGCUUCGUCUUGGUGUUUGACUUCAUGCUCUCUGACCUGUCUGAGGUCAUCAGGAACUCCCAGCGACCUCUGACCCCAGCUCAGGUCAAAGGUUACAUGAUGAUGCUGCUGAAGGGGGUCGCCUUCCUGCAUCACAAUAACAUCAUGCACAGGGACCUGAAGCCAGCAAACCUCCUCAUCAGCUCCUCAGGUCAUCUGAAGAUCGCAGACUUUGGUCUGGCCAGGCUGUUCAGUGAGCAGGGGGAGAGGCUGUACAGUCACCAGGUGGCCACCAGGUGGUACAGAGCCCCUGAGCUCCUGUACGGAGCCAGAAAGUACGACGAGGGAGUCGACCUUUGGGCGGUGGGCUGCAUCUUUGGGGAGCUGCUGAACUCCUCUCCUCUGUUUCCUGGAGAGAACGACAUCGAACAGCUCUGCUGCGUCCUCAGAGUGCUGGGAACGCCGACACAGGACAGCUGGCCGGAGAUAGUGGAGUUACCAGAUUACAAUAAAAUCACCUUUAAGGAGAAUCCAGCAAUCCCAUUGGAGGAGAUCGUCCCUGACACGUCCCCUCAGGCCAUCGACCUGCUCUACAAGUUCCUGGUGUAUCCAUCCAAACAGCGCUGCUCAGCCAGACAGGCUCUCCUCCAUCCAUACUUCUUCUCCUCUCCUCUUCCUGCUCACCAUUCAGAGCUGCCCAUCCCUCAGAGGGGCGGCAGACCCCCCCGCCAGCGCCUGCAGGCUCCGCCCACCGAGUUCUCAGUGGACCUGCCCCUGCAGAACAGCGUGGUAGACCCCACGCUGCUUCAGGGACACGCCUCCUGCCUCUGAACAACCAAACAACAGAUGAACUGACCAAUCAUCUUUCUCUCUGCUGUUUAUUUCUUUGUCAGUUUCACUGAUUCUUCAUCUCACCUGCUGAGACACUGUUACCUGCAUUCACAACUUUGAAUAAAGCUUCGUGCGACAGGA